GACUUGUUGCUGUCGUGUGUAUCUCGUCACUUCCCGGUACUGUCGUUAAUCUGCGGCGUGAUGCGGACGCUGAUGGAUGAAGUUUGAGGCGCGCGUCAGCCGAAAUCAUCCAAACGCGCCGUGAGGCGCACGCCCGGGGCCGCUCCGGGAUAACCAGGUUACGCGCGCAUAGAGAGGGUUACAGGGUCAAAAGUCAAACGAAAACCCGAAACGAAUCAAUGACACAUAUGGUUAAAAAUGACACAUUCAGCUGCAUGGAAAUACAUCCAGUCCCUGAUUUGAUAAAGGUAAAUGCGAUUAUUAUUGCAUAAUUUGAAACCGGGUUUUUAUGUUAAAUGUUCGUUUCAUGUAGGCCCAUAAUGCGCUAUAAAAGCACGGAUAAUAUCCAUGUCUAAUUAAUAUUGUUUUAAGAGUUGGGAUAAACUCGUGCGUAAUAGUGAGUGACAGCAAACAGAUGCGCGUGACUGUGAGCAGCAGGUUUCCGUCGAGUCAUAUCUGAUGAAAACAGAUCGAAUAAACGCGUGCAAUUAACGACUUCAAGUCAUCAUUAAUUAGUAAUUCAUAGUUUAUUUUAAUUUUACGAUCGUUUUUCUUUCAUUCGGCCUCUAAAUGCAGCGUUGGGGGGUUAAAUAAAGGCCAUUAUUCCCGAAAUCUAAUUAAACUUCAUCUCACACUACCAACCAGAGCCGCAUUAAAGCUGAAACAAUCCCACAAUUCAUUUAGCAAGAGGAAAACGGACCCAUUUACCCGCUCUUGAAAAGUUGCCCAUCCUCGCCUUAAUGCCAUUAGUCUUAAUAGCCAUUAAUAGUCAUUUAUUUAGAGUUAUAUUUGCGCGCGCGCGGGUAAUGCGCGCUCCAGGUCUCGUUUUAACAGGAAAUAAAAUGCAACAAAGGAGCAUUAGAUGAAAGAGUGAAGCACAAGUGUAGCAGAUGAUGCUGGAAAGGGUUAACGCGGAGGUGCAUUAGAGAUGCAUAGAGAGAGAGAGAGAGAGAGAGAGUGUGUGUGUGUGUGUGUGUUGAAGGAGGAGGAUCUCAGAACUGAGACAUUGUCAUGCAAACACAGACCACCGCCUCGCCAUUGUCUCCCGGACUCCAACUUUAUUAUAAACACACCGAGCAGCAGAGCCGCGGAACACACCGAGACACACACACACUCCUCGAGCGGACCUUCACACACACCUGCGUUUCCAUCAUUCCGCCCUCCACAUGUACAAAAUGGAUUACUCGUAUCUGAACACGUACGACUCGUGCAUGGCGGCGAUGGAGGCGUCGGCGUACGCGGACUUUAACUCGUGCAGUCAGAGCAACGCGUUCCAGUACAACCCGAUCCGGAACGGGUUCAGUUCCAGCCCGGGCUGCGGAACGCUCGGGUCCGCCAGCUGUGCACUUGGUGCGCUGAGAGAACACCAGCCUGCGCCCUACUCCACAGUCCCGUACAAGUUCUUCUCGGACCCGUCCGGUCUGAACGAGAAGCGCAAGCAGCGGCGGAUCCGCACGACCUUCACGAGCUCGCAGCUGAAGGAGCUCGAGCGCGUGUUCGCGGAGACGCACUACCCGGACAUUUACACGCGCGAGGAGCUCGCGCUGAAGAUCGACCUGACGGAGGCGCGCGUGCAGGUUUGGUUCCAGAACCGACGGGCCAAGUUUCGCAAACAGGAACGCGCCGCCAACUCUAAAGGAGCGAGCGGCACCAAGAAGCCCGGAGAGACUCGCUCUUCAUCUGAGGAUGACGAGUCCAAAGAGUCGACGUGCAGCCCGACGCCCGACAGCACCGCGUCCCUGCCCGGAUCCGGGAACAUGGGGAGUCCCGGCACCGGCAGCCUCAGUCCGAGCCCCGUCUCCGGCUCCGGCUUCACCAGCGCCUCCAUCUCGCCCUCGCUCCACCAGGGCCUGAAGAGCUCGCCGUGGCCCAGCCUCGGCUCGGCCGGACCCACGCCGGACCUGCUGAAGGCUUGGCAGCCCGCGGACAGUGUGGCGUCCGGGCCGUUCGCCGGCGUCCUGUCCACCUUCCACCGGAAACCCAACACAAUCAAGACCAACCUCUUCUAGAGAUCCCCGUCUCGAACUGGACUCCAUGUUCAACCCGUCAAUAAGGUCUCAUGUGCUGCGCUAGUUCACAUACAUCAACACUCGGGAAAAUACUGGGUCAAAGUUUGGACUGACCCAGCCGUUGGGUUACUCUUUUAAAUGGCAUUUUUAAUCCAAUGUUUGGGUUUGUCCUUAUUUGACCUUCAAUUGGGCAUUUUUGACUAAAUAAGCGUGUGUUAGGACAACAUACUGAGAACACGUGGAACCUUGAAGGGAUCAUUUUAUGGGUUUACUUUUAAUUCAUUCAUUUAGUUUCAAUUUUAAUUCAAUUGUAAGAAUUAAUCAGCUCAUAAAGAUACUUUAUCACUACACUCACUCUAAAAAAUGCUGGGUUGUUUUAACCCAAUUUUGGGU